AUGCCAGUUGUUUUCAACCUAUAUCCUCACCUCAGCCAGAAUGAACCAUCGUUCAUCACACGAAUUGGCGGUGCUAAGGUAGUCGUUGAUAGCAAUGAAACAACAGUGUUCGUUCAUAGACAUGCAGUCACUAGUAAGGAGCAUCUCUGCAACUAUGUCCUCAUUGCUAAGAUUUUUGGCAAGCGGGUUCCUCCCAAGAAGAUUGUUAGGAAAUGCAACCAACACUGGGCUAAUCUUCAAGGCACAGUCAGGAUGCGUCAGCUCAUUAAUGGCUGGUACACUCUUGAGUUCACCUAUCUCCAAGAUGUGGAGUUUGUCCUGGAACACUGCCCCUGGUUUGUCAAAGGUAGAAUCUUCCACAUCCGUGGAUGGUAUCCUGUCUUCAAUCCCCGUACUGCUGUCAUUGAAACUCUCAUACUUUGGGUUAGGCUUCCCAACCUUCCAAUCCAAUAUUGGAGCACUGAUGCUAUUAAGCCUAUUGUCCAAGUUUUAGGAAGAUUUAUCAAACUAGAUAAGAAGACGGAAGAGAGCGAGAAUUUUAUUUUAGCUAGAGUUUGUAUGGAGAUUGACCUUCGAGUUCCAUUGAAAUGA